UUGGACCCUCCAUUUUCUCUCUCACUAUAUUCUCCCUUUCUCUCUCUCUGUCAAAAUUACGGUAGGAAGAACUUCCCCAAAUAAACCCAAAAAUUAAUAGGAAAUUAAAAAUCUCUUUCUCCAAAUAGUACUGAUUUUCUACUUUUUAAAUUUUUUUUACCAUAUUUUAUUUUAAUUUUUUAUUAUUUUAAUUUAUUUUUCCCAUGUACUAUAAUUUCUUUUUUCCUGGUAGUUCUUGUUUGUUCUGUAUCAUGCUUUGCUUUGGUUUGCUCCAUCUUCUUCUUUCCUGGAGCCAUCGAGUUUCUACAUAGCUCCAAUUUUCAACUUCUAAAUGCUGGAUCAACUCACUCCCCUCAUUUGAUUUCUCGGCAAAUCCACUAUAAUUUGAGUUUGCACAUUGCCGAGGGGAUAUAUAAAGUUGGUUACUUGUGUAGGGGUUUGAUGGGUUGAGGCUUUUGUUCAAGCAAACAAUGGAUACUUGCAGUGAUCCUGUUGAAAACCAGUUUUUUGAUGCCCUUGAAGAGAUUACUGAUUCCGGUUCGGGUUUUUGUUCCGAUUAUUCCCGUUCGAGUUCUGCCCGUGAAGCUUGUAGUUCUGUCUCUAGUAAUGCUCAAUUUGAUGUGUGGAUACAAAACCCAGAAAGUGUUGAAGCCCGUCGAAGUAAAUUCUUUAAUUGGUUGGGGUUAGAUGUUAAAAAUAGGAUUUCUGGUGAUGAUUUUGAAGAAAGUUGUGAUUCAGAAAUUGAGUCUCAAAACAAUGCAAAUGUUACUGGUGGUGUGUUGAGAAAUACAGGUUUUGCAAGUCGGGUUUCUUCGAGUAGGCGACCUGUAUCGUUCUGUUCGUUUGAUGAUACAGAGUAUUCUGGAAAUUUUGCUUCUAAGGAAAAUGCAGUUGGGGGAGUGAAAGUGAAGGGCAAUGUGGUGGAUGAAAACCGAGAAUCACAUUUGUUGAGUUCUUCAUCGAGUGAAGGAUUCUCGCCUGUUAAAAACACGGCAAUGAGCUGUUCUUCGGGGCCUACGAAGAAGGUGAAGAAAUGGUGGCAGAACAAAUUACGAAGCUUCAAUUGUGUUAUGGAGGGAGAACCCGAACCUUGUAAUUGUGAUUCAUCUGCAAAGGGAGGAAUUCAGAGAGUUAAAGUUCAUCAAACAAAGAAGCAAUCAAAGGAACUUUCAGCCCUUUAUUAUGGCCAAAACAUUCAAGCUCAUAAAGGUGCGAUCUUGGCAAUGAAAUUCAGCCCAGAUGGACGGUUUUUAGCCAGUGCCGGGGAAGACAGAGUUGUGCGCGUGUGGCAAGUUGUGGAAGAUGAUCGAUCAAUUGAAAUGGACAUUCCAGAAAUGGAUCCAUCAUGUGUAUACUUCACAAUGAACCAUCUUUCUGAAUUGAAACCACUCAGCAAUAAUGAAAAAGAGAAAAAUGGUAAAUUGAAGAGAACUUCUGAUUCGGCUUGUGUUGUUCUUCCUCCAAAAGUGUUUCGGAUAUCAGAAAAGCCAUUACAUGAGUUCAAAGGUCAUACUAGUGAAGUAUUGGAUCUUUCAUGGUCCAACAAUGAUUGUCUCUUGUCAGCAUCCGUGGAUAAAACUGUUCGUUUGUGGCGAGUGGGAACCAACCAUUGCCUUCAAGUUUUUCCACAUAAUAAUUAUGUAACAUGUGUUCAGUUUAACCCUGUUGAUGAUAAUUGCUUCAUUAGCGGGUCAAUAGAUGGAAAAGUUCGUAUUUGGGAAAUAUCUGAUUGCAAAGUUGUUAAUUGGACCGAAACUAAAGAUAUAGUUACCGCUGUCUGUUAUCGCCCUGAUGGCCAGGGAGGAAUCAUUGGUUCGAUUGCUGGAAGUUGCCGUUUUUACAGCAUAUCAGAUAAUCAAUUGGAACUGGAUGCUCAGAUAUUUUUGCACAAUAAGAAAAAGUCAUCUGGAAAACGGAUAACCGGCUUUCAGUUCUUUCCUAAAGAUCCAAACAAAGUGAUGAUCUCAUGUGCUGAUUCACAAGUUAGGAUUCUUCAAGGGGUGAAUGUGAUCGGAAAGUAUAAAGGUCUUCGAAGAACUGGUGCACACUGCACAGCGUUUUUCACUGCUGAUGGAAAGCAUAUAGUUGCUGCAUCUGAAGAUUCAAAUGUCUAUAUUUGGAAAUGCAAUGAACAAGACUAUGCUAAGCCGUCACAACAAACAAAGAAGAUAAAAUCUUCUGAACGGUUUCUUUCCAACGCUUCUGUAGCACUACCUUGGCCCGGGCUACAAAACGGGAAUAACAGAACUGAAUGGCACGAUGGUGCAUUCAACGGUUUACCUCACGGUUCGCGCCCUUACUUUUCUUCUCCACCCCAUUUCUCAUGUAGGCAAGAUUUCUUCUUAGAGUUGUAUUACCCUAAAGGUUCGGCAUUAUGGCCCGAGGAAAAACUUGUCUCCUCAAACCCUUCAUGCUUAACCUCUUCAUCAAUGCACAAAUCUGAGUACAGAUUUCUGAAAACUUGUCAGAGCAGAUCAAAUUCUGAUGCAUGGGGUAUGGUUAUUGUUACUGCUGGAUGGGAUGGAAGAAUCAGAUCAUUCCAUAAUUACGGGUUACCGGUACCCCAUUGAAAUUCCUGGUUUUUUAGCCAUUCUUUCAGGGAAAGUUGGAAAACAAAAAAAAUCAGUGGGCCCACAUACUCGCAUAGCCUCUCGCUAUAAUGCGAUUGCUGAGGUUAUCUAUCCGAUGAUGGAAAUAUGGAAUGCUAAUUUUUGGAAAAUCCCAACAUAAUUCCAUUCAUUUUCCUUGAGAAUUUAGCGCGAAGUGGCCCAGAAAAGGAGCAAUUCAUGUGCUUGAAUUUGGCUAUCUGGGGAUUGCAUAUCCAUGUGAUAGGAGCACAAAUAAGCUUUUGUGGGGUCGUAUUCGAGUGGAACCUCUUUUGAUAUCUUCCUCUUAAAAUUGUGUGGAAGGUGAAAGCAAAGGGUGGUGGGUUUUAUCUAUCUCUCAGCUUUUAUGCUAAAUUGGCUGUGUUAUAUAGAAUGAUUUGAAUUCUUCUGUCCGCCAUUUGAAUUUUGUCCCCAUGGUUAGCCCCAGUGGGGUUCAAUGGGGCUCGGGCUCAUCGGCCCGGUGCUAAAAGUGGAGAUCAACCCAUGUUCCUGUUUGGUUACAAGUCAACAUCCCAGUAUUAGUACUUGAACAAGCAGCGAGAGUGACAGUUUUCAUGCUGUAGGAGUAAUGCAAUGCAGCAUAUGGUGAUUUUGCUCUUUGCUGGUAAAUAUAAACCCUUUUUCUGGGUUAAAAUUUAGGAUUAGUACUGACAUUUUAUGUUCUAACACCCAUAGUUUUAGGUUUUACUAGAUCUAUCAGGUUAGAUCUUGCAGUCUAAGUAAAUUGUAAGUUAUCCUUAUGUAAAUGAAAUUCUUUUUUUUCCCCACUUUUCGUCUUUUGGCCCGUUCGCCAUGUAAAGGCGCAAUGGUCAAUACGAUGUUUAGAAUGUGGGAGGGUGAUUCGAAUACCUGGUCUUAUGUAUUCAGUAUCCUGGUCUAUAAUCUAUAUAUGGAGAUGAGAAUGUGUACUUGGAUUGUUUGUAUCGCCUUUUUUCUUCUUAAAGAAAACACCAGUGAUGGUUUAUUUGGUA